AAGUUGUCAGGUCUCCCCACCCCCACCCCUCUGUUCUCACUCUCAAAUUCAAAUACAUUUAUUGUUUUACACAGGUGCAAGUUCAGCUCUUCAAAUUAUAAUUUAGACUAGUAUCACUGUAACCAUCGCCUGGGGUGUAUAAUCUUUAUUCACAAACAUAAUUAUGUCAAAAGCAAACAAAAGCAAAUUCGUUGUAGUACCGACACAGAAUAAUCAGAGCAACAAUAUGAUGGUUAAGUAACAAAGAAUAUAAAUAAUUGAAUAAGUAAGUAAAUAUACACAUUAUUCGAUGUUUGUCACGGUUAUUGCAUUACUAAAGUAUCAAAUAAUAUUUACUUAGUUAAAACCUUUGUCAUUUACGAAUUCAUUAUGUUCACAGAACGUCAAUUUGUAUACAGGAAUAAUAUGUCAGAAGGAAAAGAAAACCACUAACAUGAUACACAAAAUAAUCAAUACAAAAUAAUUAUUAUUAUUUAUCAGAUACAUUUGUCAUUGAUGAGACUACUGUUUAGUGUUUAUACAAGUCAAAAUUAAUAUCACUCCAUCACCCUUGUGUUUCGUUUCUUAAUUUUAUCGCGCCGCGCCGUUUUCAUAAAAUUGAGCUGCCAAAGUAAAUAAAUAACCGAGAACAAAGACUCCAGGUCGUUUACUCCGGCCAUAAUGACGUCUGUAAUUAUUAGGUUUCGUUACUUUUUGGACAAUUGAGAUUAUUUAAGUACUACAGGACUCCCGGCGUUAAAAAACGACGAUGUAGUGAGGGGUUGCCGUGUGGGGCGGUAGGGGGCGCUAGAGACGCAGGUAGUGGCGCGGCGUAUAGACGCGCGUGAGGUCGCGCUCGCUCAUGGUGGGCACGCGCGGCUUCAGCUCCGGGAUGAUGGCGCUGCCCAGCACGGACAGCCCGUCACUCGCCCUGAGGGGCGCGCCCUCGCUGUCGGGCAGCCAGCAGUGCAGGGAGUACCCCCGACGCGUCUUGACGGAGCUCUUUAGCUUACUGCGUGACGCUCGAUACGUCUCCACGUCGGGCAGCGGCUCACCAGACUUCUUCGAACUCUUGGACGCAAGAAUAGAAGAAUCGAGCGCUUCCUUCUUCAUGGUGAGGGUCAGCUUGCUGGAGUCAGACCGCGCGAGCUGCGCCAGCGGCGGCGCGGCGGCUGGCAGCAGCGGCGCCCGCGACCCCGCCCGCGCCCGCGCGGGGCACGCACACGUGCACAGUGCCGACACGUACAUUCCUGACAGGGCCCGUCGACGCCGGCCUGCGAGUCGUGCGGGAACCGCAAGCGCAUCUCCACGUCCGCGGGCAGCGCGGCGCGGCACGAGCCCGCCACCGUCACCGACCAGCCGCCUGGCUGCUGGGGGCUGGCGGGGGCCGAGGCCGCGCCCGCCUCGGGCUGCGCGCCCGGCGCCGCCCGCUCCGCGUCGCGGCGCCGCGCUGCGCGCCUGGCGCGGCCCUGUGACAGCCACUUGGGCGCGAGCGAGCACAGUAAGCUGCCUCCCGACUCGCUGCUAUCGCUCGAGCUCGCGGCCCCGCUGUCACCGCCGCCUUUAAACUCUGGUAAUUUGACGAACGGCGAAUGUGUUCCGUCGUUCGCUUUUCUCUUGUCGCCGAUGAUGUACGCAUCGACCGGCGAGCAGUCGGAGCGCGGCUCUGCAGACAGAGACGUGCCGCUAGCGGGCUGCCGGCGUCGCUCGCCGCGUUCCUCUCGAGUACUGUUGUACUGUUCGUGUCGCUGUGGAUUCGGAUGUCUUUCGUUUUGUGUCAUUGUGGGCCUGCGUUGCCGUGCUUUCUCAGCCAUUUCUUUGUGACCUUAUUAUAAAUAAAACAACGUAUAUAAUUUGCUUUUUUAAUAUGAAUUCAAACUUUUGUAUACAUAUAAAUGCUUUUAUAACGCGUAAUAAAUAAUAAUUAAUAUAAAAUAAAUUAUGUUAUCGACGGAUGGUGCUUGUGACAUUGACACUAGCCAGACUAACUACUAACGCGGGUACGCGCCGGUAGUGUACACCGGAGUAGGGUGGCGAUGCAGAUUCUAUAAUACAAGUGAGACAUGCGACAGCGAGUGGUGCGAGGUGCGGCGUGCGACUACUCGACGGGGACGGAGCGGGCCGUGCGGUGCGGCAGUGGCGCCGCUAGCGGGGUACCUGCGCCGUGCUGCGCCAGCCAGGCGUGGCGGCCGCGCUUGCUGGCCAGUGGUGCAUCCUCCCGCACCGCGCCUUCUGCCCCUGACGUCCGCAUAGGACUUGUCGCUGCUGACUUGCUUAGAGGGGAUGUCAUUGUUGUUUGGUUUUUGGAUCUGAGAGGCUUUUUAUUGGCAUCGCAAUCCAUCAUCGGAGAAGUGGCAGCACUUUUCACGUCUUUACAUCGUCGUGGUGAAUCCCCUUGAGGUUUGAAAAGUUUUGUAAUGGGUUUGCGGGCGGAGACGGCGCCGGUGGCUCGUGGACUGCGGAGAUGUCGGACGUGCGACGGUUGUGGUUGGGGUCCUCGCUACCGGAGUCGAGGCUGAGACUGCUCCGCUCCUCGGGGAUGAUGUCGAAGGUCUGCUUGAAGCGCGGCACGGAGGCGCGCCGAGGCGCCGGUGGCGGGCCGGCCGGCUCGCUGAGUUCGCUGGGCUCACUCUCCACUAACGCGCCCAGCAACAUGUCUGCGAUUAAGCGGUUAGAGUUGCCGUUAAGUUCAGCUCGCGGCAUGGAACUGCGCCUACUACUACUACUCGUAGGGGAUCGUAAAUUUUUUUCAUAAAUUGGAAUAGGAAUACGAGAUUUUUUAUUUUUCAUGUGUUGAUUAUGAUUUUCGUCAGAGUUAGUAGUUUCUGGAGAGCUUUGUGACCCAUUGACGUAUUCUAAUAUUUCCAAAAUUUCGAUACAUUUGUUGCCAUCGCGUAUUUCAGACUUUUGGUAGAUGCGCUUAGCAGCCCUAUCGUCGCAGGCGACCGCAGGUCUCGUCACAAGUGACAGUUUGCCAUGAAUCUGGUGACGCUCGCUCCUCUGUUUACCCAUUGCUGCGAGUUGCAUCGAGUAUUGUGACUCUUCGCAGAUGAAAAUGGAUCUCUAUCUUCGGUAGGCAGCAUCUCUUUCUUCCACGUUCGCUUGACAAUGUUAUCAUCGCAGUGCGAGGCCAGUGUCCUGGCGGGGCGGUGCUUGAUGCGCAUGCACUUGUAUUCGUCUUGUGCGACUUUAGCGAUGACGUCAUCAAUGAGCGCGUUCACAAUAGCGACACAGUCCCGCUCCAGGUCGCGGCGCGCACGACUGCGUUCCAUCUGGGACUCUCUCGGUCGCUGUUUGCCUCGUGAUCUCCGUGCACACUCCAUUCGCAUUUCCCGCUUACGAUGUCGUCGGUAUAAUCUCUGUUUAAUUUUUUCGGGCAUCCGAUCGGCCACAUUGACAUUUUCUUUCUCACAGUCACAGUCACACUCAUUAUCUUUUAUUUUAAUAAAAAAUGACUCGCCCUUGUCCUUCGGAGUUGUAGGUUCGUCUUGGCGAACAUCUUCGGGUAGCAGAUCCAAAAUAUCUAUUGCGGAUCGAACGAGUUCGUUGCGCCUGUUGGAGAAAGCGCGUCGUAGCAACACGGACCGUGGCGAAUUGGGAUCGUCCAGACUAUCCACAAGACUAGUGCAGUCGGAGCCCAUAAGGUCUGCGUCCUCGGAGGAGGAGGUGUUUACCUCCAUGGAUUCGGUGUGCGGCAGGGCGGAGAAGCGUGGCACUAAAGGCCGGUCCUCCACGUCGGGGUAGUAGCUACCGGUGCCAACGCCGCUGAUGACCUCGUAUCGGCCUUCCAUUGUGUCUCUAGCCUGCGUGCUUAACUCGUUCUCGUUGUUAAUGAACACAUCCGUCGCACUCGAGAUUUCGAUGUGUGAUAUUUCAGGCAUUGUUUUUUCCGUAUAUUCAACAUCCAAGCUGUGGAACUCGUCUUGGAACAGCUUCUGUAUCUGUUGUAGCACGGCCUGGUUGACGCUGUCGUGCUGCAGGUCGAAGGGGUCGGUGUUGUUGUUGCACUCGACGCUGUGCUCGUCGCGGAUGGCGAGCUCUGGCUCUCUUUGCUCCUGCGACGACCGCUGGCCGGGGGAGUUGUUGCAGUUGUUUUUGCUCUCCUCAUUCAUGCACAGCUCCUCAUUACCAAAUAUAAUUUGAUUGUUGGAGGUGGGGCUCAAGUGAACUAUCGUAUUGACUCCUGUAUUUUGUAGCUUUACUUUUAUUUCCUUUUCAACUAUACUUAUCUUCCUAUUGCUUCCCAUAGACGCAUUCAUGCAUUCUAAUUGAUCAGUCAAUGAAUUCAGGCUCUCUACUAGAAUAUUAGAAACGUAUUCAUCAAUGUUAAUAUUUUGAGCAGUCUUCUGGUUUUGCACGGGAGCCCUCAAACUUUGUGAGAACUUAUCCGGUGGAAGCGUGUUAGCAGACGGUGCAGAGGUCACGUUUACUGUUUCUGACACGACUAUCUCUAGUACUUCGUAGGAUGGUGUGUGGACGGUCAGGGGCCUGUCAUAGGGUACCGCAUCGUUGUCAUCGCGGAACAAGCUAGCAGAGUGCUCACUGACGUGGCCGGCGAUGUGCGCGCUGCCCGUGAGGAGGAGGGUCUGGUCCUCAGCCGCUCCUGCGCGGUGGGGUACGACGCCGAGUACGUGUCCGAGGAGUCUGACAGCAGGCGCUCGUCGCUGCCCGCCACCGAGUGUUCACUGGUCACAUUUGGGUCGUUUGUCGUGCUUGAUCUGAAUUGUGUUGUAGACGUUUCGGACAAGUGUCGCUCUGAGUACUGCGGGAAUGUAUCCCUUUCGUGUCGUAUUUCCGACUUGGAACCUUCACUGUCGGUGAGCACGUCCGUCACUGUCUCUGUAUAGGACGAAGGUUCGCGACAUUUGCACGUCGAGUCCGAUAAGUCGAUGCGGGUGCCGGAGUCCUUACGGGAGUCUUCAGCGCGAUCGUAGCUAUUUUUCAUUGCGGCACGAAUCAUCUCAUCACUGCCACGGAAGUCUCUCGAGGAGUCGAGGCGCUGUCGCUUGGGUGUGGUCCACCCGACGACGUGCGAGUAGCGCGAGGAGGUGAGGCCACUGGACAGCUGGCGCAGCUCGGAGCGGGAGCCGUCGAGCGAGCGCGUGCCGAGCUCGGCGGCGGGCGCGGGCUCGCAGCAGCAACAGCCGCGGCCCCACAGCCUUCGAAGCAGCGCCGACUUGCGCAUGAGCUCGCGGUCACGGCGCAGGAAGCGGUGCGGCGUCUCGCCGGGUGAGCCGGCCGCGUCCCAGCCCGGCCCCGGGGACGCUGAAGCGACCGAGCGGUUCGUUUGAGGUGCGCUUUCCUCCGAGUCCGACCUCUGCUGCGCGAGACGAUAUUUCCUCAUGAUAGUCUCGGGCACGGAGUAGCGGCGGCACAGCAGACCAGGCGAGGCGCCUGGCCGCGGCGGCAGCUCGGCGGCGGCGCGCUCCAUGAGCGCAGGGGCGGGCGCUACCCACUGCCGUACUGAUCGGCUGAAACAGCGACUGAGCAGCGAGCGCGGCUCGGCCCACGCCUCGCGGACAGUGCGCAGGGCGUCGCGCAGCGCCGGCGUGACCCCGCGCGGCCCGCCGCCCGCCCUUGAGCGCAGACACGAGGUUCCGGUGGCAGGCGAUACACUGUGACCAGUGGCUGAAGUCUACUGAUUCGGCACUUAAAACACGGCCACGGUCGACUCUUGGAAUCAACGUUGGGCCUGUGACGUUCUAUACUUUUCAGUAAAAUGUCGAGCAGAAUCGUGUUCCUCUCCCAGAAGGGAUUAUCCUAAACACAAAUCUGUCUCUUGUCGUUGGUAGAGUAGCGUGCGCGUGUACGCUCGCCACAGUUCAGCCCAUUGGGCUCUAACUGGUGUGCGUGGGGCGUUGGUGGUGCGUGGCGUGCGGCCCGCGGCGGUGGCCGAGUAGCACUGGUGUGUGCUGCGUGCUGGCCGGCGCCCGGCGCCCCCGCCCCGCGCCCCGCGGCCCCUCGCGCCCGUCUCGCCGACAUCUCAAUGAAGUGACUCACUAUUACAGCCCGGUGCACCG